ACUCUUUUUUUUUCUCCGGAGGAGACAGAUCAUCGAAUCAUCAUCUCUAGCUUUACUCUGUUCUGUUUCUCUAUACGAUUAUACCAUUUUCCUUCUAUUUCAUUAGUCUUUUUAUUUCAAUUUCGACAUUCAGGAUUUUUUAUUUCACUUUUUGGUGCUUAUUUAGGGAUUUUAUUUCAAUUUUUAAGGGUUUUUGAAUCUGCAUUGCGAUCCUUCCGAUGGAUCUUCUUCAAAGUCGCAAUCUUGGUGAAUCCACGAUCCUUAAUUUGAUUUUUUUCCGUGCAGAGUCGUCUUCUUCAAUCCGCAUAUCCUAUCUGACAGGGACGAACCAGACCUCACUGCGUCUCGAGCUCGUUCCGUGGGAUCUCGACUCUCUCCUCACCCUCGAAAUCCACUUGCAGCGACAGGUUGCAGAUCUUCCUCGAGGCUCCACGGUUUCGAUCUGCAGGACAAGGAUCCGCUGUGUCAGUCUCUAUUCUAUCUCACAACACCUUUCUUCCCCAGGUACCGUACUUCCUCUUUCUUUAAACUUUUUAUAAAAAAAGUAAGAAUAAUCGGUUUACUAUAAGAACACUAAUGCUUGAAAACAAGUACUACUUCUUAUAGCUUGUCUUUUCUAGUAUUCACCCCUCUAUAGUUAAUUUGUUUUCUGUUAACAUGUCUUUUCUUUAUCUUAUCAACUUCAGUUUUACUCGUUUCAUUUUUUUCUUUGUAUGUUGAUUUUUUUCCCUUUCAAAUUCGCUUUGUUUUCUAUGUCUUUAGCGUUGAGUUUUAUUUUAUUCUAUUUAUACUCAAAACGAGGUAAUCUUAAUUACCUCUCUAAAGUGUCCCUGAUGCUAUUGAGUUUGUCCCAUGGUUUCUUAGUUGCCAGAGCUAUAAGUAAAUGAUCCAUAACAAGGUAAUCUUAAUUACCUCUCUAAAAUGUCCCUGAUGCCACAAUGUGAAUUGAGUUUGUCCCACGGUUUCUUAGUUGCCCGAGCUAUAAGCAAAUGACUCAAAAUGAGGUAAUCUUAAUUACCUCUCUAAAGUGUCUCUGAUGCCAUUGAGUUUGUCCCGAGCUAUAAGAAAAUGACUCAAAAUGAGGUAAUCUUAAUUACCUCUCUAAAAUGUCCCUGAUGCCAUUGAGUUUGUCCCGAGCUAUAAGCAAAUGACUCAAAAUGAGGUAAUCUUAAUUACCUCUCUAAAGUGUCUCUGAUGCCAUUGAGUUUGUCCCACGGUUUCUUAGUUUCACGAGCUAUAAGCAAAUGACUCAUAACGAGGUAAUCUUAAUUACCUCUCUAAAAUGUCCCUGAUGUCAGAACAAAGAGAAGGUUGUCCCGUUUGUUUAUAAGACUCGUUUCCUAGUCUCUGAGCUAUAAUCAAAAUGCUUUGAAACAAGGUAAUCUUAAUUACCUUUCAUAAAAGAAAUGUCCCUGAUAAUUGAACAAAACAAAGAGCUUGACCCGUGGUUAACUAGUCACAAAUGCCUCGUAUUGCAGAUUGCCUCUUUGAAGAGUGUCCCAUGGUUCAAAGAUCUUGUCCCACGGUUCUAUAAACAAAUGCCUCGUCUUAGGAUCAAGGUAGUCAUUACCUUGAAACGUCCCUGAUGAGCUUGUUCAGAUUCUUUGAAUAACACAAAUGACUCUGAGAUGUCCCUGAUGAUUGAACAAAGAGCUUGCCCUGUGGUUAACUAGUCACAAAUGCCUCGUACUGCAGGUAAUUUUAAUUACCUCUUUGAAGUGUCCCAUGGUUCAAAGAGCAGCUUGUCCCACGGUUCUCUGUAACAAGGUAAUCUUAAUUACCUUUCAGUGUCCAUGAUGAUAGGACUAAGAGCUUGCCCCUCUGUUUCCUAGUGACAAUACAAUUGUGAAAGUCUUUGGCUCUAUAUCACAAUAGAGCUAGUCCUAUAAACAAAUGCCUCUAACGAGGUAAUCUUAAUUACCUCUUUGAUAUGUCCCUGAUGCCAUAACAAAGUUUAUAAAACUCGUUUCAUAGUUUCAGAGCUAUAAUGAAAAUUCUAUGAAACAAGGUAAUUUUAAUUACCUUUCUGAAAUGUCCCUGAAGAUAAAACACAGAGCUUGCCCUAGUGGAGAAUGUCUAUGAAUGAUCCAUAACACAAAUGAGCUUGUCUCUGAAUAAGUCGAUUUUCCUUGUCACCCAAGCUCUAUACAAAUGACUCGUGACGAGGUAAAUUUAAUUACUUCUCUGAAACGUCCCUGAUGCCAAAACACAAGCGAGCUUGUCAUGUUGCCAAAUGACUUGUAAACGAGGUAAUCUCAAUUACCUCUCUAACACGUCCCUGAUGCCAGAACCCAAAUGAGGUUGUCCCGCUUUUUUUAUAGAACUUGUUUCCUAGUCUCAGAGAUAUAAUCAAAUGCUCUGAAACAAGGAGCUUUUCCCACGAUGUCCUGGUCACAGUAGAACUGGGAGUGUCCCUGCUACCAUAACACAAAUGUGUUGUCCCUGGUAAUGUUGGUUUCCUAGUCAACCGAGCUAUAAACAAAUGCUUCAUAACAGAAAACAAGUGAGCUUGUCAUGCGGUAGAGUCAAGAAUGUCCCUGCCUAACUCGGUUUCCUAGUCACCCCAGCUCUUAACCAAUGUCUCGAAAUCAGGUAAUCUUAAUUACCUAUGUCCCUGACGACAGAACUCAAGUGAGCUUAUCAGGUAAUCUUAAUUACCUCUCUGAAACGUCCCUAUGUCACCUAACGCUAGAUUGCAAAUGAGGUUGUCCCUUUGGGCUACUUUGGAUCCUGGUUACCUGAGUUAAACACUUGGAGUUGCUUGAAUGUCCCUGAUUCUACACGAACAAGCUUGUCCCUGAAUAAGUUGGCUUUUCUAAUCAACCGAGCUAUAAGCAAAUAAGGUAAUGUUAAUUACCUUUCUAAAAUGUCCUUGAUGAUAGAACACAGAGCUUGUCCCAUGGUUUUCUAGUCUCAAAAGCUCUGAAACAAGGUAAUCUCAAAAUGAUUGAACAAAGAGUUGUUCCUGUGGUAAACUGGUCACAAAGAUAAACAAAUGCCUCGUACUAUAGGUAAUUCUAAUUACCUUUCCGAAAUGUCCCUGAUGACAGAACACAUGUGGCUUGUCCUGCGGAAUUUCCAUGCAUAACUCGGUUUUCCUAGUCACUCGGCCUUUAAACAAAUGCCUCGUAACAAGGUAAUCUUAAUUACCUCUCUGAAAAGUUCCUACUAGUUACCAGAGUUAAACACUUGGAGUUGCUUGAUAUCCUAGUCACUCAAGUGAAAUUAAAAGCCAAACGAAAGUCCCAUAAUGCUAAAAUGCAAAUGAGGCUGUCACACCUUAUUAAUUACUCUAUCCUCUGGAAUUGCUUGAGAUCCUAGUCACUCAAGCUAAAUGAAAGCCAAGAGACUAAAGGAUACAAAUGAUGAGGUUUCUGGUCACUUAAGUUAAACACAAAAGGCCUCGCGCCAGGUCUAAUGAAAAUGCUCAAACCAAAUAGAAAAAAAAAACAAAAGAACUGCCGAGUUUCUAGAAUGAAAAUGAGAUUUGGCUGCCUCUGUUCCUUGUCAUCAACACAAUCUUCCUAGUGUUGAGAGAUGAGGUUGACCUCAGUAGUACAAAUUCAUUGUGUUUACACACUAUCGGAAUUAGUGACCAAACAUACAGAAGAUCAGUACAAGAAUUUAAUGUUAUUUUUCCAUUUGAACAAGCUUACCAUGUCGUCUAACUCCAUCUUUCUAUCUUUUUUUUUUUUUGCAUGUAGUUCUCUUCUGGGUUUCAAAGAUCACGCCAAGAGUUCAGAAGAUCUUGGCGUCCAAGGUAUUGGUAUUCCUAUUGGAAAGCUUGACAUGUACGUCGCUGCUGCUGGAAUCAAUCCACUCAGAGUUUUGCCAAUUAUGUUGGAUGUGGACACCAAUAAUCAAAAGCUCCUACAGAAUCCUCUCUAUUUAUUAGGACUUAAACAGCCUAGGUUGGAAGGAGAUGAGUACCUUGAGAUUAUUGAUGAAUUUAUGGAAGCUGCAUUCACUCGUUGGCCUAAGGCUGUCGUACAGUUUGAAGAUUUCCAAGCGAAAUGGGCUUUUGAAACUUUGGAAAGAUAUCGGAACAAGUUUUGCAUGUUCAAUGAUGAUGUCCAGGGAACUGCUGGUGUUGCUCUCGCUGGACUAUUGGGAACUGUAAGAGCCCAAGGUCGGCUUGUCAAUCAAAAGAUUGUUGUGGUGGGAGCUGGAAGUGCCGGUCUCGGUGUAACUAAGAUGGCAGUACAGGCAGUUGCGAGAAUGGCUGGCAUCAGCUUCGCUGAAGCAACUAAAAACUUUUACCUGAUAGAUAAAGAUGGUCUUGUCACCACGGAGAGGUCAAAACUUGACCCACCAGCUGAGAUACGUGAGGGAGCAAGUAUCGUUGAAGUGGUAAAGACAGUGAGGCCACAUGUUCUUCUUGGUUUAUCUGGAGUUGGUGGCAUCUUCAAUGAAGAAGUCCUCAAGGCAAUGCGAGAAUCUGAUUCAUGCAAACUCGCCAUUUUUGCUAUGUCGAAUCCCACCUUAAAUGCCGAGUGCACUGCUGCUGAUGCUUUUAAGCACGCCGGAGAAAACAUAGUCUUUGGAAGUGGAUUCAACUUGGUAUGCUAUAAGAAUGGUAACGUUGGGCAUGUGAAUCAGGCCAACAACAUGUACCUUUUCCCCGGGAUCGGGUUAGGGACUCUUCUAUCCGGUGCACGGAUUGUGACUGAUGGAAUGCUGCUAGCAGCUGCUGAAUGCCUUGCUUCUUACAUGACUGACGAAGAAGUCCAAAAAGGCAUCCUUUACCCUUCAAUCAACAACAUCCGACACAUAAUAGCAGAGGUUGGGGCAGCUGUUCUACGAGCUGCCGUAUGCGAUGACAUAGUAGAAGGGCAUGGGGAUGUUGGUCCCAGAGAUCUCAGUCACAUGUCUAAGGAGGAGACAGUUGAUUACAUAACAAGGAACAUGUGGUUUCCAAUUUACAGCCCUAUCGUGCACGAGAAAUAGACAAAUAGUGACUCUUAGAACUCUUUCUCCAAAAGACCCCAACAAACAAGGAAUAAUCUUGUAUCAUUUGCGAUCAACAAAAACAACAUUCUUUCUUUCA